AUGGGUGUAAACUCUAACAGGGUUGAAGAUUUCAAUAGCCAUGGUGGAAGUACAACAACAACAACAACAACUCUGAAGAUUUCAACAGAGAUACCAAUGCCAAAAACAGAGGCAAUGGAGAUACACAACGUUUGCCUGCCAUCAAAGAAAACCACUUUCCAGAAGCUAAAACACAGGCUUUCUGAGAUAUUUUUCCCUGAUGAUCCUCUCUACAGGUUCAAGGACCAAACAUGGUGUAAGAAACUGGUCUUGGGAUUUCAGUUUUUGCUCCCAAUAUUCCAGUGGGGUCCUGAAUAUAAUCUCACGCUGUUUAGGUCUGAUAUCAUCUCUGGUGUCACCAUUGCUAGCCUUGCAAUCCCACAGGGAAUCAGUUACGCAAAACUUGCAAGUUUGCCACCUAUUGUUGGACUAUAUUCAAGCUUUGUUCCCCCAUUGAUUUAUUCUGUCCUUGGGAGUUCUAGACAUCUUGCUGUUGGUCCAGUGUCCAUUGCAUCCUUAGUCAUGGGCACAAUGCUAAGUGAAAGUAUUUCCCCUGUUGAAGAACCUAUUCUCUACCUUAAAUUAGCUUUCACUGCUACCUUCUUUGCUGGUUUAUUUCAGGCAUCUUUGGGUCUCUUAAGGUUAGGCUUCAUAAUUGAUUUUCUGUCCAAGGCAACUCUUGUUGGAUUCAUGGCUGGUGCAGCAGUCAUUGUUUCAUUACAGCAGCUAAAGGGGUUGCUUGGAAUUGUUCAUUUCACUGGCAAGAUGCAAUUCAUUCCUGUUGUGACCUCUGUAUUUGACCAUAAAAAAGAGUGGUCCUGGCAAACUAUUGUAAUGGGAUUCAGCUUCCUGUUGUUUCUGUUGACGGCAAGGCAUAUUAGCAUGAGGAAACCAAAGCUUUUCUGGGUAUCAGCAGCCGCCCCAUUAACAUCAGUGUUUCUCUCAACGCUUUUAGUCUUCUGCAUUAAAUCCAAAGCUCAUGGAAUCCCAAUUAUUGGCCACUUGCAAAAGGGCUUGAAUCCACCUUCAUCGAACAUGCUAUACUUUAAUGGCCAAUAUCUGGCUUUAGCUAUCAGGACUGGCAUUGUCACAGGGAUCCUGUCCCUCACUGAAGGAAUUGCAGUGGGAAGGACAUUUGCGUCUCUAAGGAACUACCAAGUUGAUGGAAACAAAGAAAUGCUGGCUAUUGGUCUCAUGAACAUGGCUGGUUCUUGCACUUCAUGUUAUAUUACAACAGGAUCAUUUUCUCGAUCUGCAGUAAAUUACAAUGCUGGAGCACAAACAGCAGUCUCUAACAUAGUAUUAGCUACAGCUGUGCUUGUGACCCUGCUGUUUCUCAUGCCACUAUUUUACUACACCCCUAAUGUCAUCUUAGCAGCCAUCAUCAUAACAGCAGUGAUAGGACUUAUUGAUUAUCAGGCGGCAUACAAAUUGUGGAAAGUUGACAAACUCGAUUUCUUGGCUUGUAUUUGUUCCUUCUUUGGGGUUCUUUUCAUUUCUGUUCCCCUAGGACUUGCCAUUGCAGUUGGAGUUUCUGUAUUCAAGAUUCUCUUGCAUGUCACCAGGCCAAACACUGUGGUCUUGGGGAAUAUUCCCAGAACACAGAUAUACCAAAGCCUCAACAGAUACAGAGAAGCUUCAAGGGUCCCUUCAUUUCUCAUACUGGCCAUCGAAUCCCCUAUCUACUUUGCGAAUGCAACUUAUCUACAAGAAAGGAUAUUAAGAUGGAUCAGAGAGGAGGAAGAAUGGAUUAAGGCAAACCAUGAAAGCACUUUGAAAUGUAUAAUUAUUGACAUGACUCCUGUCACAGCCAUAGACACCAGUGGCAUUGACAUGGUAUGUGAACUAAGAAAAAUGUUGGAGAAAAGAUCACUUCAGCUUGUGUUGGUAAACCCUGUGGGAAGUGUAAUGGAGAAAUUGCAUCACUCCAAAAUCUUAGAGUCCUUUGGAAUGAAUUCAUUCUAUCUCACAGUUGGGGAAGCUGUGGGAGACAUCUCAGCUUCAUGGAAGCCUCAGCCGUGAUUUUACAGAGAAUUUUAGGGAGACAACAAAAAUCAAGAGAGGACUAACACCUUUAGACCUUAAUUUGGCAGUCUUGGAAGAGUUGUAGCAUAGGAGAGGACAUUGCUCUUACUUUUCAUUUUUGCGAGAAACCCAAAUCCAUGAAACAUUGUGUUUUGGUUUAAUGGAGAAAUGAAAGUUAUGUUCUUCAAAAAGAGUUUUUUGAAGCCUUCUUACAUUCCACCAAA